UUUAAAUAUGAUUCAUUCUUUCAGCCUUUAUUACAAGCUGGAGGUCAUGGUUCUCCAAUUGCUCAAUGUCGCCGUGCCAAAUUAGAAACUUCUUGCACCAUUCCUGUUCAAGUGGAUGGCGAACCGUGUAAACUCUUACCAUCUGUAAUAGAGAUUGAGCUCUUAAAUACAGUUAAUAUGAUUGCUAAAACAAAGAGGAGAGAGACUUCUACAAAAAAGGAAAGCGUCGAAAAAAAUAGUCUUCCUGUAAAAAGUAUAUUACUACAGCACUAUGAAACUGAGCAUCAUCGCAAAGGUGCAUUAGAGGAUAAAGCUUUUUCUUUGGGCGAAAUAAGUAUAAGCCAUGACGAUGAUCUGUCAGAAAUUCGACAACAAAUCAACAAUCUUCUGAAAAAAAGGGAUGACGGAGGCUCAGAGGAAAAAGAGAAAAACAAUGGAACUGAAAAACAGGAUCCAAUAACCCACAAAUUAACCGAAUGGUGGUUUCUUGAUUCCUGCAGCGGAGAAAAAUUUUUCCGAAUCGAUGAAGCUCAAGAGCAUUUGUACUACGUGAACGACAUAUGCGACCAAGAACUUUAUAUAGCUGAACAAAGAGAAGAAGCCAUUGAUGAAACCUCUAAUGACGUCAGCAAGGCGGAGCAUGACGGUGAUGACGUCAGUCAUGUUUCGACGUCAUCUAGUGGUCGGCACUCGGGUGGAAGCGAUGACGAUCGGGAGUUACCAGAAAGAACCGAAAAUGUUCAAGCACAGAGAAGAGAAAGUGGAUCGAUAACAGCGCACGAAACUAUUCCAUCGCAGAGGCGAGAAAGCGAAACUUCCGUGAAUCAGAGAAGAGAAAGUGAAAAUAUCUCAACACAGAGAAGAGGAAGCGAAACUUUCUCAACUCUGAGAAGAGAAAGUGAAACUGUCCCAGCUCCAAGAAGAGAAAGUGAAACUGUCCCAGCUCCAAGAAGAGAAAGCGAAAUUGAUAUUAAUGAUACUGAUUUGAUCGCAGCAGCAAAACUAGGAAGUUUAGAUCGGGUUGCUCGUUUACAUUCUGAAGGUCAUAGUCUCAUGCAGAGAGAUCACGAUGGGAGAACGGCACUUCACCAUGCUGCGUUUAUUGGAAACACGGAUGUCAUUCGAUAUUUAGCGGCAUACGCCCCAAUCUCUGUGUUAGAUGCUCAGGAUGAUAUUUUGUAUCAUACAGCAUUGCACAGGGCGGUUACCAGAAUGGAUAAAGUAACUUGUUCUAUUCUAGUCAGUGCGGGAGCAUCGCUUGAUCUUAGGGACAAACAGGGAUAUACUGCCCAAGAAUUAGCAGAAGUCAUGGGUGAUAAAAAAUUAGCCGAGUAUUUAAAAAGUGUUUCAGAACCAGUUAUCCUAUGAAAUUGCCUUAUAAAACUAUUCAAAAAGAUGCUUCUGCCUAUAUUAGUCAAUUCAAAUAUGUCUUUCUAAAUGAAAUUUAGACCAUAUGAUUGUAAUUAAAGAUUAUACUUUUAUACUCAAUA